GUAAUACAGAGUAAACAUAUUUCACGUGAUCACCUUGCGUAAUGUUGAAUCCAUACUUCGCUCAUAUAAUAACUUGGGUCUACUUUAACAUAAAUCUCUCUAGAACUAAAAGAAAUGUUUUAGUUUAUAUACAAAUGUAUAGUUUUUUUGUUUUCAAAACGAGUUUUUUUUGUAAGUACUUAAUUUAUUUAAACUUUCGUAAGCUUAAUCAGCAAGUUUUUACGAAAUAGCUUGCUUUGUUUUAAAUAACUUUAUUGUUCGAACGAAUUUUCACUAUAUCAAGUCAAACUUGUUUUUCAAAAAAACUUGCUUCCAAGGAUAAUAAUGUU